AUGUUUUUUCCUAGCUAUGCUAUGCCGAGAAGACAGGAAAGAGCCAAGAGAUUGACUGCUUCACAUGAAAAAACCCCGUCAGCAAAUUAUCGAGUGAAGACAAAGCAUCAUCUCUGCCGAGUAGCCUCCAUUCAAUGCCUAACGAGUGGAGGCGGAGUCACGAAGGAACCGCAAGCUCCUCUUCGGAUCACUAGGUUAGCGGCUUCGACUUUGGCGGACCUCGACGACGUCGGAAAUGACUCGGAGCUGCUUCCCAAUAAACGCAUGACACCGGUUCGCCGGGAAUUCCUACGGGACAGAGUUUCGGACAGACGAGAACAGAACCGGAUAAAGAUGGGCAUUCUCAUCUUGAGGCACGGUAUUGCUGAGGAAAAUCGAAUUUGGGAAACAAAAUUGGCUAUGAGGUCGAAUGCGCUUUCACUUAUCGGUUACCGAAUGAAUGGCUUCGAGUUUUACCGCUACUCCUCCAUGAACAUUCGCUGA